AUUUUGUUGUACAUAUGUUUGAUAUCGGGUCCUCUGCACCAACAGCUUCUUUGUGCCAGUUCACAGCGAAAGCUCCCGGAAAAAGAAAUAUCCAUAGAGAAGCUUGGAUUGACGGUAAGGGUUCACUCCUAUUAGUUUCAAGAAAGGAUGUUAUUCCAUGGCGCUUAAACGAAGAAGAGGAGAUUAUUUGACAGUAAUUUUGGAAAAUGAUGGGUACGUAUUUGGGGUAUGCCUUUUAUGUUAUUAUAUAGGGUGGACUAUCCUCGGAGAUCUGGUAGCUUUUUACUCCUUGUCGUGGAACGGAGCUUCAAAAAGUAACAACCACAACUCGUCCUGAAUUAAGGACAACGAAGGUAAUAAUGAUCAUAAAAGGCUUGUUCAGGAGAUAUGAAAGAUGGAAUCCAGUGCAUCCGACUUCUGGAGCCUUUUGGGGCAUGGGCAUUGGCUUUGGCUGUGGGGUCGGAUGGGGUCCUGGCUUUGGCCCUGAGGUGAUCGGUUAUGUUGGAGCGGGCUGUGGUUUUGGUUUUAGUGUUGGCAUCACUCUGGCUGGUUUUGGCAUUGGUCUUCCUGCCAAUUAUGUCCUGGAAGUUCCUUAUUCUGCUGUUAUGGCCACAAGAAGUAGUGCAUUGGAGAUCGCCAGAUCCAGUGGUUUACUCUACUUGAGAAAUGUUUCAGCAAGUGGCUGGAGUAACAUUGGUCCACACAUCUCCGGCGUACGACAGAAAGCGCUUGGAAGGCUUUCUAGCUCCAAGCUUAGAGAUUCGUUCAAUUUGUCUGAGAUGCCUAGGGUAUUGUCUACCCAUACUAGGUCUAUUCUGGAUCAUUUACAGGAAUUUGGCGCGAACUUACUCCAUCCUCCCAAAGGCUUCAAAGAUUGAUUCCAAGGAUAAUUCUGACUCUCUCGAUUGUAUUGUAUGAAACUAUGAAUUGUAAGCAUAUGAUUUGACAUUCUUCUAAACUUGGUCGUUGUGACAGAAUUAUAAGUCAACAACAAAUCUAUUUCGCAUGGUGGAGUGAAGAGAAGGCUUCUCUGUAACUAUAUAAGCACUGGACAAGCAUUAACAACAUGUACUUGAUUUGGUUCAACGAUA